AUCCUGAUGAAUUUGAGCAAAUAUACGAGCCUCUGGAUGUUAAAAGUAAAAAGAUCCAUGUGGUAGACAGUGGGCUUACAUUUAACCUGCCGUAUCCCUUGAUCCUGAGGCCUCAGCGGGGGGUUGACCUCAUCAUCUCCUUUGACUUUUCUGCAAGGCCGAGUGACUCGAGUCCUCCAUUCAAGGAACUUCUACUUGCAGAAAAGUGGGCUAAAAUGAACAAGCUCCCCUUUCCAAAGAUCGAUCCUUAUGUGUUUGAUCGGGAAGGACUGAAGGAGUGCUAUGUCUUUAAACCCAAGAAUUCUGAUAUGGAGAAAGAUUGCCCGACUAUCAUUCACUUUGUUCUGGCCAACAUCAACUUCAGAAAGUACAAAGCUCCAG